ACCAGAUGUUGUGGAAGUGAAGCCGCGACGUGUGCUCAAUGGAGUAUUAGUACCUGAGCCCCGUUCCACGAAGCGAUCUUGGCCCUAAGAUCACCGUAACUGCACAGCUAACAUAUGCACUUAAAGUGAUCUUAGCGCUAAGGUCGCAUUGUGGAACGGAGCCCAGGGCCGUACCUUGAGUAAGGGCAUAAUUUAAGUUACAACUAACAGCGAGGCUAGCGAGUUGUAAACCAGGCUACGCAGGGUUCACAAGGAGGUAUUUCCAUUCAUCUCGACAAGAUGUGCGGAGAGAACCCACCCAAACUUAAUGUUUGUUUUAUCUGACCCACUCACCUGUAUAAGACACAUACGUCAUUCAUCCUAAACGUCCGAACUGUCAACAUCACCAAUCUGUUGCUUGGAACCAUCCGUGUGGCUAUGGGCAAAAUGAUGGAUUGAUUCUUGAAACAUGAUUAUCAGCUAAAUGAAGAUAGACUUUAUUUACAAAGAGGCCGGAAAUCCCCGAAUGGUUCCGAAUAGUAUGGAAAAACCACAUGUCAAAUUGUCGUUCCUGAAGUAGACUGUUAUUACCCCAAAGGCAAGCAAGGAACACGAGGUCAGAAACAGAUAGUUACGGAAAACAAGUCGACCCUACAGUUCUAUUUGAUGAUUAUCCUGUCAGUAAAUAUUGUUUAUGCCAUUGUUCAGUAUGUUUUCUUCUGGGAGAAGUUCACAGCUGGUGUCAUUGCGAUAUUCCUGUUCGCAGUGUGCGUCAAUUUGGGAAGUUACCAGUUUAUGGUGUUCAUGAGUCGUGCAACAUAUUCCACAGAGGGCGCCUUGCUAGAUAGUGGUGGCGAUCUCAACAUGCAGUCGGGAAUGGGCGAAAACAUCAAGGACUUGAUAUUACUGACCUGUAUAAUACAAGGACUUUCUCUUGUGUCAAACUAUUUCUGGAUAUUAUGGUUGUUGGCACCUGGAAGAGCUUUCUAUAUGUUGUGGGUCAAUAUACUGGGGCCCUGGUUUUUUGCCGAGGCUCCUGAAGUAGAUGAGAAAAAACAAAAGAAAAUGGAGAGAAAGAUGAAAAGACAUUGACAGACUUAGGAACUUAUUUAUAAAUUUUGUAUAUUAAUGUGACAAUUUUAUCAUGAUUAUCAUUUGUUUUCUCAACAAAAAAACUUGUUCGUUAUCUGUACAAUUUUUAAAGCAUACACUCUGCAUGUGUUUCUGCGAAACAAAGUAAACAACUACUUAAAUGUUUGGCAUUUUUCUUAAAGCAGCACUCUCUCCUUAUCCUUAACAUAGUUUAAUAAUGCAAAAUGCAAACACAACUUCAGUUACUGAUGUGUUUAUGCUUUAACUGUCUUGAUGCACCAUAAUACGUCUUGUCAACACUUAAUAUAUUGUACUUCUAUACAGUUCGAAGUCUACUCUCUUUUUUCUGACUUAAAAAAUUAUGCAUCACAAAAAGAAAUCUAAAUUGAAUGUAUAGUCCAAUAUAAUUUGAACUGGACUUAAGAAUACAGCUUUAAGAGCAGAUUUCAAGAUGGUAGUUCAGUAAAUCUGUUGCCAGGCAAAACUAAGGGGAGGAAACUGAGUACUUUAAGAGCAGAUUUCAAGAUGGUAGUUCAGUAAAUCUGUUGCCAGGCAAAACUAAGGGGAGGAAACUGAGUACUUUAAGAGCAGAUUUCAAGAUGGUAGUUCAGUAAAUCUGUUGCCAGGCAAAACUAAGGGGAGGAAACAGAGUACUUUAAGAGCAGAUUUCAAGAUGGUAGUUCAGUAAAUCUGUUGCCAGGCAAAACUAAGGGGAGGAAACUGAGUACUUUAAGCUCUUGUCAGUAAUGAUUCAUUAUAAAAUAAUAUUUGCCCUGUGCUUUUUUUGUUUUGUUCCUGGGUUUUUUUUUCCACGUGGUGUUACUUCAUGAGGCCCAAGCUUAGUAUCUUCUAUGAUGUUUGUAGAAAAGUGUAUAUAAAAGACUUAGAAAGGAUAGAAAAGAAAAGGAACAUUUCCUCGUAUCAACACCUCAGCAAAUUUUAAACUACAGCUAUUUGGUGUCUAACAUGUGGAAAUAUUGACACUUUGUUGAGACGGAGAGGGGAGAGAGAGAGAAAUAAUGUAUUGUUACCACACAUGUGUAGUUUGUUCUUACCGAUAAAGUAUCGAGAGAUCUUUUACAUACACUUUUCAAUAGACAGGACAGGACAGUACAUACCACAGCCUUUAAUAUAUCAGUUCUGGCAGUUGGGAUGGGAAGAAGCCCAAGUCCAUAGAGGACGAUUGAUUCCGUGACUCAUUGCACCUUACUGUUUAAGCUAAAUAUUGCCCCUAUGCAAUAGUAGCCUACACAGCAAGGGCUUUCUCUCCAUAGAUAGGUGCUGAAGGUGUUGUUUGAGACUGAAUACAAUAGUAGCCUACACAGCAAGGGCUUCCUCUCCAUAGAUAGGUGCUGAAGGUGUUGUUUGAGACAAUACAAUAGUAGCCUACACAGCAGGGACUUUCUCUCCAUAAAUAGGUGCUGAAGGUGUUGUUUGAGACUGAAUACAAUAGUAGCCUACACAGCAAGGGCUUCCUCUCCAUAGAUAGGUGCUGAAGGUGUCGCUUGAGACUGAAUACAAUAGUAGCCUACACAGCAGGGACUUUCUCUCCAUAAAUAGGUGCUGAAGGUGUUGUUUGAGACUGAAUACAAUAGUAGCCUACACAGCAAGGGCUUUCUCUCCAUAGAUAGGUGCUGAAGGUGUUGUUUGAGACUGAAUACAAUAGUAGCCUACACAGCAAGGGCUUCCUCUCCAUAGAUAGGUGCUGAAGGUGUUUGAGACUGAAUACAAUAGUAGCCUACACAGCAGGGACUUUCUCUCCAUAAAUAGGUGCUGAAGGUGUUGUUUGAGACUGAAUACAAUAGUAGCCUACACAGCAAGGGCUUCCUCUCCAUAGAUAGGUGCUGAAGGUGUCGCUUGAGACUGAAUACAAUCGUAGCCUACACAGCAAGGGCUUCCUCUCCAUAGAUAGGUGCUGAAGGUGUUGUUUGAGACUGAAUACAAUAGUAGCCUACACAGCAGGGACUUUCUCUCCAUAAAUAGGUGCUGAAGGUGUUGUUUGAGACUGAAUACAAUAGUAGCCUACACAGCAAGGGCUUUCUCUCCAUAGAUAGGUGCUGAAGGUGUUGUUUGAGACUGAAUACAAUAGUAGCCUACACAGCAGGGACUUUCUCUCCAUAGAUAGGUGCUGAAGGUGUUGUUUGAGACUGAAUACAAUAGUAGCCUACACAGCAAGGGCUUCCUCUCCAUAGAUAGGUACUGAAGGUGUUGUUUGAGACUGAAUACAAUAGUAGCCUACACAGCAGGGACUUUCUCUCCAUAAAUAGGUGCUGAAGGUGUUGUUUGAGACUGAAUACAAUAGUAGCCUACACAGCAAGGGCUUCCUCUCCAUAGAUAGGUGCUGAAGGUGUCACUUGAGACUGAAUACAAUCGUAGCCUACACAGCAAGGGCUUCUUCUCCAUAGAUAGGUGCUGAAGGUGUCGCUUGAGACUGAAUACAAUCGUAGCCUACACAGCAGGGACUUUCUCUCCAUAGAUAGGUGCUGAAGGUGUUGUUUGAGACUGAAUACAAUAGUAGCCUACACAGCAAGGGCUUUCUCUCCAUAGAUAGGUGCUGAAGGUGUUUGAGACUGAAUACAAUAGUAGCCUACACAGCAAGGGCUUCCUCUCCAUAGAUAGGUGCUGAAGGUGUCGUUUGAGACUGAACACAAUGGUAGCCUACACCGCAGGGGCUUUCUGUCCAUAGAUAGGUGCUGAAGGUGUUGUUUGAGACUGGAUACAAUAGUAGCCUACACAGCAGGGACUUCCUCUCCAUAGAUAGGUGCUGAAGGUGUUGUUUGAGACAGGGUAGCCACUGCGGAAACAACAUGCAUUAAGCAGACAUUUGUUUCUUGGAAGAUUCAACAUUAAAAACUAAAAGAUGGACGAAAUGUCUCAAUAAUAUAAAAUGGUGGUGAGUGUCGUGCUCACUGUUGCAACCAUCAUGGCUACAUCUAUUGUGAUCUGAUACUUGUUAUGGAUUUCCAAACAAAUAUCACAGGCUGAUUGCACACAAAUCGCAGGAAAAUUUCAUGCAAAAAAUGCAUAGGUUUUCCAAUGCAAAUACUGGAGUGUUUGCAGCAAAAUUAUGGGGUGAUUAUAUGCAAAUCAUAAAGAGUUUGCAUACAUAUAUAUAGUAUGUGUCGAUGCAAAUUACAGGCAGUUUGCGUGUCAAUCAUUGGGAGUUUGUACCCAAAUUAUAGUGAAUUGGCAGCCAAAUCACAUGGUAAUAACAUUCAUAUCACACCUAGAUGAUGGGGGGAAAUGGAAUUCAAAUAAUGAUUAUUAUAUUGGUGCCACUUCCUAGUAAGUUACUGAAAUACAGGACUUGGUAUCAGAAUGUUCAUAUGAUUCUCUUUGAAACGCCAUGUGGAGCUAAACACACUUCCCAGUAAGUUACUGAAAUACAGGACUUGGUAUCAGAAUGUAUCUGUUCAUAUGAUUCUCUUUGAAAUGCCAUGUGGAGCUAAAUACACUGCCAUAAUAAACAUGACAACUUCCUUGUGACACUGAACCAAAUUAGUUGACACAGAAAUGGCUAAACUGGUUUAGAGGAAAUAGGAAGGCUGUAGGACAAAGUUGGGAUUAUCCGUACGACUUAGUUUAGGGUUGUGUGGCUGUUUGUAAGAUUAAAUUAAGGCGGCUGUAGAUCUUGAUGACAAGCCACAACAGUUUACUCUGUUCCCUUCCAUACACACCUCCCACAAAUACGAUAUGGAUUAAACUCAUGGAAUAGCAUUUAGAGGUACAGUCUAACAUUUAUUAAUAUGCCCAUGAAAUAUUUCUUUAAAAUAUAAACAAUUUGUCCAGAAAGGUACUUUGUUCAAUGAACUACAUAAUUGUCUUAUCCCAUGUGUUACUGACAUUUUGGUAUCUGAUUGAAUUAUGGCCUUGUCAUAACUACAUACAUGUAUGUCACAGGCCUGUAGGAAUUCGGUGUAAGGCAUGUGCCUCCACGCAUUUGUGUCCUAAUAUGUAUAGAGACCAAACAAUGAGCUUGUCUCUCUCUCCUCCCCUAGAGUGUGUGCCCUCCCAAAGGAUAUAUUGUUCUACAAGCCUGUGUCCAAUUUUUUUUUAAAAUUUUCAUUCAUUGUUAACACCCAUUGUUUAUUAAUAUAUUAGUAGCAAAACAAUUUAUGGCAGUGAGCAUUAGGAGGACAGGAAAGUACAGAAGAUUUCAAGUGAUAAUCCAUGCACCUACCUUUUAUUGAUAAACUGUCAUUCAACCAUGGUACUUAAGGUCACACAUUUAUUAUGGGGAUGACAACCAAGAGUAUGUUCAUGUAAUAAUAUAGAAAAUCAUCUAUACUCGAUACUUUGGUUAUGUUGUGGUCCCAUUUUAAUUCACAUUUGCAUAAUUUUUUAAUUGUGCUGUUAUUCAUAAAAAUUUAAAUGUAUUGUUUCUUCUAGACUUCUAGAUCUUUUUUAACAUGUGUAUCCUAGUAAUGAAUGUUAUAAAUUAUUUUUCCUGUUACCUCGUAAUUAAAAUGGAUGAAGUUGUACCACAACUGUAAAUUAGUUUGGCAGCAUAAAUUUUAUUUUAUUACAUUGCCAUUGGUUUGUAUCCAUGUCUUACUUUUACAUAUUAAAGUAUGUUGAAGAUCAUGAA